CGCAACCCACAUUAAAACAAACAGAAACCCCAAAUAAGCUUUCAGGACAGAACUGGUAGCGGCCACCACUGCGAUUCAGACGUAAGAAAGGACUCUUGGUUUUAGUUAAACCUGUCAGAUCCUGUCAUGGCUAUUACUGCAGUCCUUCUGCUGAGCAGUCUUGGCUUUUUGGCAAUUACUGCUCAAGCUCAAAACUGUCCCAGACCUCCUAAAGGAGAAAAUAUGGAUUUAAAGGGCAAUGACAUUCUUCUAACUAGUUUUCCAGAUGGGACCACAGUUACUUUUGCCUGUAAUAUUGGAUAUGAGUCUGCAGGAGGGUCCCCACGUAUUACUUGUACUGCUGGAAGUUGGAGCCCUCUGGGGUUGAAAUGCCAAAGGAAGAACUGUUUCUCUGUGGAAGACGUUCAAGAUGGACAGAUUGAAUAUCGUCCUGGGACUGAAUUUGGUGAUACAGCAGUGCUCAUUUGUAACAUUGGGUAUAUGCCAGUUGGUGGAGGAGAACUCACUUGUGGAAGCCAAGGGUGGACGGGCAGGUUGCCUGUAUGUGAAGUGACACAAUGUGAAUCACCCCCUGUAGUACAAGAUGGCUCUUUCAGUCCAAAUAAAGAUCUCUAUGAAUAUAAUGAUGUUAUAGAUUACACCUGUAAAAAGGAUUAUACAGUUGUUGGAUCGAGACAGUUGCAUUGUUCGGAUGAUGGAACAUUCAAGCCUGAGCCUCCAAAAUGUAUCAGUACCGCUCAAAACUGUCCCAGACCUCCUAAAGAAGAAAAUAUGGAUUUAAAGGGCAAUGACAUUCUUCUAACUAGUUUUCCAGAUGGGACCACAGUUACUUUUGCCUGUAACACUGGAUAUAAGUCUGCAGGAGGGUCCCCACGUAUUACUUGUACUGCUGGAAGUUGGAGCCCUCUGGGGUUGAAAUGCCAAAGGAAGAACUGUUUCUCUGUGGAAGACGUUCAAGAUGGACAGAUUGAAUAUCGUCCUGGGACUGAAUUUGGUGAUAAAGCAGUGCUCAUUUGUAACAUUGGGUAUAUGCCAGUUGGUGGAGGAGAACUCACUUGUGGAAGCCAAGGGUGGAUGGGCAGGUUGCCUGUAUGUGAAGCAGGUGAUCCAGUGACACAAUGUGAAUCACCCCCUGUAGUACAAGAUGGCUCUUUCAGUCCAAAUAAAGAUCUCUAUGAAUAUAAUAAUGUUAUAUAUUACACCUGUAAAAAGGAUUAUACAGUUGUUGGAUCACGACAGUCGUAUUGUUCGGAUGAUGGAACAUUCAAACCUGAGCCUCCAAAAUGUAUCAAGGUUGAAUGUGAAGAUCCAGAGAUUUCAUUUGGACAGUUGAGUAGCGGUGCUCGACCUCCAUAUGGAUACUUGUCUACAGUCACAUUACAGUGUAACGCUGGAUACACAAUGAUUGGAUCCGCUACUGUGACGUGUGAGCUAAAUGGUCAGUGGUCACCUGGACUUCCUCAGUGUAUUCGUAAGUCAAAAAUUAAAAUAAUUAUUUGUAAGUGCUGAGCUCAAGCAUGAUCUCUUUGCUCUAAGUGCAACUUCAACCCCAAUUCUGAGCCUAAGUCCUCCUGCUGCAUAUUUAUGAAAAGUGCAAAAAAGGCAGGUAAAUGAAGACUACGGGGUCCUGGCCAGUGAUUUUCAGCAAAAAGUGGAGAGUAUUGCUGAAUGGCACUUUACCUCUACUAUGAGCAUGAAUAUAUGCAUGGAUCUUGGCAGCUAAUAUUUUAUUUCUUGCAUCAUUAUAUUUCAGUAAUGUAAAGACACUUAUUGAAUUACAGCAUUAAAUUAAAGAACUGACAACAGAAGAUUUUUACCAUAUUUACAUAGAUCAUUACUCAGCGUUUUUUUGAGUGCAUGUCCAGUGCUAGCUUUGAAUUAAAAACUGUUUUUCUCACUGUAGGGACAACACCAGGAACCAUUCUUUUUAUUUAUAAGCAAACAUCAGGUUUGGCUUAAACAUUGCUUUCAAAGCAGAAAUUAUGUGGUCAAAGUUGCUCCAAGACUCUAAGUACAGUAACUAACUAAACUAAGUGAAAUAAUACAGCAUAUUACAAGGUUAUAAAAUAUAACAAAAUUGCUCUAAUAAAUACAAAUAGCUCUAAUUCUAAUUAUCUCAGCAUAUUACACAAAAUAUAUAGCUAAAACUGACGUGCCUCUCUAAGCAUAUCUAAUCAUAUCAUUUAAUUUUCUCUGUAGAUGAUUUGGUAUUAAAGGUGUGCAAUUACUACAAUGUGUACGUGAAUUUAAUAUGUAUUUUUAAAUUCCAACUUUGCCUUUAUAGCCUCAAUUGGACCAGUCUCCUGGUUAAUGAUAGAUAAGGUCAUUUUGGAUCACUGUAUUGAUAUACAGUUUCCUUUUUGUUUCCCACAAGUUUAAUAUGAAGAGUCCAAAUGAUGAAUAGAAUGAGGAUUUUUAACCUCUGAAGAUAUAGUUAUCGUCAGCAAUGUUAAAGUGUGAACCUGGAUACAUAAUCAAUGCAAACCUUACCGUGACAUAAAAACGUUACUGGUCACCUGGACUUCCUUAAUGUAUACGCAUGUUAUGAAUUAAAAUUGCUUAAGUAUAUGUAGCUUCACUUCUCAAUUGUUGUUAAAAUUUGUAUUAAAUACCUCAGGAGGUUGCUAGCAUAAUAUAGAGAUAAUUUUGGACAAUUCUAGUAAUUUCCAUUCUGUGAAUGUGAAAAUCCUGUGAUUCGAUAUGACUGAAUAAUGGUCUCCUCCUGUCUGUGGUCUUAUUUCAGGGAAGAUCUGGAUAAGUUAAGAAAGGCCCGUGUACCCAGAUAUACAAUAUGAUAUAAAUGGUUUGGCUAUGUGGAGUGUCACAAAAGUCAUCAUAUUUUGUUUUAAUUUGAUUUCACAUUGCUGCAUGUGAAUGAUCAUAUAAUGUUCACUUUUAUGUUUAGAAAACACUAUUUGAUAAACAGUUUCCACAAGUUUUUGAACAUUUCUUUUUGCUUAUAAUCACCUGGUUUCAUGUUAAUAUGAAAUCACUCUUUUUUAAGUCUCAGUUUUAAACUUCAGGAUAAAUCCAUUAAAUAAAUUUGAAUCUCUGCGUGCUUGCCAAGUAAUUGUGAACAGGGGUCAUGUGGAGGUCAUACAAAAAUGACCUGACAUGUGAAAGACACAUUUAAAGUAUUAAGUUAAUUUGUAAGGAGGUAUUAAGUUAAUUUGUAAGUUUAAAUGUCCAUUUACACUUAUGAUUAAAGUUUGUAUUUAAAUACAUUUGAUUCCAGACAGUUUAGUACGAGUUGCACUUUCUCUUCUGUAGGUUGUUUUAAAUGUAAAAACAA